UGCGGCUCGGGCGGCGGGGCCGGAGCGGCCGCAGCGGCCGGAGCGCGGUGUCCGCCCCUGUCCCUGUCCGAGCCCCGAGCGGCCCUGGCCCCGUGAUGACUCUGGAGGAGCUGCCCGGGGAGCGCCGCGCCGCCGGGAGGAUGGAGCAGGCGGGGGACGCGCUCGAGGAGGUGCUGAGCAAGGCGCUGAGCCAGCGGAGCCUCACCCUCGGCGUCUACGAGGCGGCCAAGCUGCUGAACGUGGACCCCGAUAACGUGGUGCUGUGCCUGCUGGCGGCCGAGGAGGAGGAGGCGGGGGACGCGGCGCUGCAGAUCCACUUCACGCUGCUGCGGGCCUUCUGCUGCGAGAACGACAUCAACAUCCUGCGCGUCAGCAACCCGGCGCGCCUGGCCGAGCUGCUGCUGCCCGCCGCGGGCCCCGACCCGCCCGCCGACCUGCACUGCGUGCUCGUCACGAACCCGCAGGCGUCGCAGUGGAAGGACCCAGCGCUGAGUCAGCUGAUGUGUUUCUGCCGGGAGAGCCGGUACCUGGACCAGUGGGAGCCGGUGAUCAACCUCCCGGAGCGGUGACCCCGGCCCGGCUCUGCCGCCGCCGCAGACUCUCUCGCUCAGGAAGGAACUCCCUGCCCCGGCUCCGGGAGGGGAGGGAGGGAAAAUAAAACCCGACAGCAGCAACAAAAAAGAAAAAAAAAAAAAAAAAAGAUAUAAAAUGAUAAAGCUAAAACUGAUGUCAUUUGGGGGGGUUUGGCUGGAGCUGAGCAGUGUGGGAGCUGAGGAGAACAGGGAUGAGCCCAGCCCGAUGCCCUCCCCAAAAGUCCCCUCACUCCUUCUGUCCUUAAGUGCCACUUAAAGUUCCUGCUUUAAACACCUUAACGAGCAAACGAGGUUAAUCGAGGCCUUUUGCCAGCAAUGUUGUUGUAUUUUUGGGAUGUAAUUCUCACGUUUUUAUGCUAAGAUAUAUAAUAAUAAUAAGUUAUUUUCUGAUAUCAACGGAAAAAUUAUUUAUACUUGGAGGUUUGAGAACCGAAACGCCCUCGAGCAGUUGGUCUGCAACCACGAAUCUUCUCCCAGCUGGCUGCAAAAGCAGCACCAUUAAUAUAAUUGUUUGAAAUUCGAGUGUUUUCUGGGGUUAUGGUGUUCUUGUUUUGUGUUUUCUUCUUUUUUUUUUUGAAAUAAAGUGUAAAAUCAAA